CUGCCAUCUCUCGGCAAGGGUGGUCAGGGAGUUACCUUACCUACCUUAGUUGAUGAGCGAGGUGGAAGGCUAGUACCGUUUGAUGCUCAUACGAAUACAUCACCAUAUUGUCACAAACCCCAGAGUUCUAAUAGACAGAAUGUCGACAACGAAUGGAGUCGCCGGAUGGGCUCAGCUCCGACAACAAGCUCGACAGUUGGAGACCCAGACGGAUACCUUGUUCCACACAUAUUCACAAUUCUCGACAGCCUCUAACGUACCACCAAAACCCACAGAAGAAGAGCGCGAAACAGAAAGAAAGCUGGAAGAGUUGCUAGAGAAGCGCGAAACUGUCAACGGCCAGCUCAGUCGACUUCUUGAUUCCGAACCCAAUCUCGCAUCCUCUGCUUCAAAACAGAACAACCUGUCCCUCCUUCGAAGGAAGCUUACUGGCCAUCAGAGAGAUCUGGCGCGCCUGCGUUCAACACUGCAACAAGCGCGCGAUCGGGCCAACCUUCUGACCAAUGUUCGCUCGGAUAUCGAUGAAUACCGCCAGAACAACCCUGAAGCUGCCGAGGCUGAUUACAUGCUGGAAGAGCGCAAUCGCAUUGACAACAGCAACAGUAUGGCGGACAGCGUUCUCAGCCAAGCGUACGCAGUCAAUGACAACUUUAAUUUGCAGCGUGAAACCUUGGCCAGUAUCAAUCGGAGGAUCACGCAUGCGGCAAGCCAAGUACCUGGGAUCAAUACCCUGAUUGGAAGGAUAUCAGCAAAGAAGAGGAGGGACGGGAUUAUCAUGGGAAGCUUUGUCGCGUUCUGUUUCAUUAUAUUCUUCCUCUUCUCGUGAAACUGGCGAGCUUGCUUUUGUAGGAUGCACAGGUGUUCAGGGGUAUCAGCGUGUUUUAUAUUGUACAAUCAUGGUUGGACCAUGGAUGUCUAGGAUGUCUAAAGUUACAAUCGUCUUCCUCUACCAGAAGGCGUCUAAUUACAGCAUUUUCGGAACCUCGAGAUGGUGUUUGCCUGGAUGUUGCUCCUUUGCAGUGGCGGGCAAGGUAGCUUCAUUCCUCAUCUCGUCAACUAUACGUGAGAGGCCCUUUGCCAAGCCUUCUGCUUCAACGGGAUGAGCAGUUCCGCUGCCCGCCCAUCGAACCCGGCAAUACUGAUCGACAAGAAAGACGUAUCCGACCUUGCUGUUGAGUAGACCGAUGGAUUCGCGAAUGUCGUCGGUAACGCCUCGUCGGACAAGGAAGUAUUUAUCCCAAUCCUUCUCUGGGAACUGCUUUCGCAAUGAACCCAGAAAGAAACGCACCAGCCAUGCCUUGCCGGCAUUAUCUUCAUAGUUGAUGUUGACAAUCUGUGUCGUGUCCGGGUGCUUAUUUAGCACUUCAUGAAGCCCGGGGUUUUCCCCCUUAGAUGUGAAGGUCGCAGCUUGCUGCUCAGCCCAGCGGCUGCUGAAGAAAGAGACGACUGUUGCCUUGCCAGUAAGGAGUGGUGUAGUAUCGCGCGGGUUCUUAUCCGUCUUCAGUAGAGUUUCGCCGUAAAAGUUGGGGAAGAAUAGUGACAACUCGGCCUUAAAUAGGCGUGGAGGCGCGAUGAAGGAUUUACCCUCAUGGUAUUGAAGGUUACCCCAAUCUCGAAAGUACGGCCGUGAAAUCUUCGCAG